AAAAGAAGUAAACAAAUUCUCCUUCCUUUGUAUUUAGAACAACAUCCUUAAUCAAAUGAAAUGUUUGUAGGUACUCUUUCUCGCUUCAUUUGAUGUUUUACACAUUUCGGCUCUGGUGGACCGAGCACACCCAAUUGCAACAUGUUGACCCCACGCUGCUUUCUCCCACGCAAUAAAGCAAUAUUUAAACAGUUUCCACUUUCUCUUUCAUCUCUGAGUCUCUCUCUCUCUCUCUCUCUCUCUCUUCCCUCUCCCCUGUCUGACUUGGAGAGUUUUUUCUCAACAGACAAAUAACUUCACGACGAAGACGGAGAAGAAGAAGAAGAAGAGAAGAAGAAAACCAAACGACACAAACUGAGCACAAAAACCCUACCGCAGAAGGUCGAACCUAUCCAUUUCCAUGGAGUCGCUGUCUCGACCACCGCAAAGAAGAAAACACUCCGCGGCCAGGAGCGCCUCCACCUCUUCAUUCUCUCUCAACAACCCCUACGGCGACGUUCUGCUCUCCAGAGGCGCCGAAAAAGCCAAGUUCCAGCCUCACGAAUACGCCGAGAUUUUCUCCGGUUCUACCUCCAUUCCGGUUCUCGAUCUUUCCGGUCUGACCCAGCCGGCGGGUUUCCGGAACUCCGAGCUCGAUUACUCCAACAUUUUUGGUGGUGCCAAAGGUGGUGACGUGGCUGUGUGUCAUGAGCAGUUGUUUAAUGGCGUUGUUAAGACAAACAAAACGCGUAGGAUUCCGGCAGAUGCAGAGUCUCCAUUUCAAGAACACGGUUCUCUCAAUGCUUCAGGAAAGGCCAAAAGCUCAUUAGGUGCUAAUGGUCUACCUGUUGAUGGAAUCAAGCAGCAAUUUAACGUGUCAUUUAACAAGAUCAGCCAAAGAAGUAGCAAUGAAUCGAAUGGGAAAACACAUAUAGCACAGCUCCAAGCUGUUCCUGGUUUUACUCACUUUGUUGAUGAUGGAACUCCUCAAUCUCAGAAGAAAGAAGGGGAAAGGCCUGUUCUUUUAGUGAAACGUGAAGUUAGCCGAACCUGGAGUUUCAAUUCUGGCAUUGAUGCAACCAUUAUCAAAGGUGGAUUAAGUUCCGAAAAGUCACAUACACCAGAUAAGUCAUGUUUACCAAGUUUUGCUUCUAACGAGACUGCUGGUGAAAACUCACCACCACUCUUUGAUGAGGAGUUAGAUGAAAAUUCAGAUGCUGCUGUUUCUAUUGCUGCCUUGAAGAAAGCCAUAGAGCAGGCUCAGGAGAGUAUGAGGCUUGCUAAACUGAUUAUGCAAAAGAAAAGAGAAGGUAUUAAAGAUGGUUCUAGAGCCAGGAGGUCUAAGGGUCGGUCAAAAGUUGAGGAUAAGAAGGAAACUAGGACUGAACAUGCGUCUGGUGGUCCGAAGGAGAACAAUGUGAUGGGAAAAAAUCAGCGAUUAAAUCCUACAUUCCCUGUGUUCAUUGGGGUUGAUGGAAAAUCUGCUCCAAUCCUGAGUCAUAGUGACAAUCUUCUAAAUGCUCGGAAGACUGAUGUGGAAACCGUAAGGGAGAAUUUUGAACCAGCCAAUGCUCAUGGAGAUGCAUUCAUGGAUGUGGAUAAGAAAUUUACUUCAUCUUGUAGUCGGAGUGGGUCAUGUAACACUGACAUAAAGGAUGAAUUGGAAAAUAUCAUGCAAAAUGUUGGGGCAUCUGAAUCACAUGGAGAGACAACUAAUUAUACUGGAUCAGUAGAAACUGUAGUUCUGGAAUCUGGGAAAUUGGACUGCAAUGAUAACUCAGUAUGUUCCACAACUAAAGCUGUGCCUUGCCUUGAUCAUAUGGAAACUGGCCAUGAAGCUUUGGAACAGAGAGAGUCAACCACGCAUCAAGCAGAAAGGCAUGAAGUUUUCUCUAGAAGGGCAGAAGGUGAGGCAAACACUUCUCCAAGUGUGCAAGAGCUGGAACAGGGCCCUAAUGAAGAAGCCGUAGAACAGUGUCAGGCAACUGUUAGUCCUGUAAAAGGGCCUGCAAAUCUUGUGGAACGAGUUCUAAUUGUUUCUGGAAGCACACAAGAGCAUGGGAAAAUUACGCAUGGAGGUGGACAUUCAAGGAUCAACCAGGAAAAUGAACUAACUGAGGGUAGUGGCGGCAUUGCGGAUAAGGAAAUGUGUGAAAUGAAAUUUGUGGGGAAUGAGGAAUUGUAUUUGACCGAGAAAAACAUGGUGGAUGAAGCAGACAUUGGUAAGCAGCGUGAAAAUGUCUCUGAGUGGCAAGAAGAUGGCCAAGAUGUAAAAUGUAGUGAUGGAGGCGAAAUUGGAUUGGUAGCCAAAGAGGAGAUUCUAUGGUUCGAGAGUGAAGUACAGCUGGAGGAGCCUGGAAUCUUUCCAGUAGUUGGAGAAGCUGCGACCGAGAUGUGCAUGGUUCUCAAGCCAGAAAUUGAUGAUGAGAGACCGAACUUUGAAGAAGACAUUCAAACUGUAUCUGGAGAAUACGAGGAUUAUGGAAUUGCAAUUAGACGUAUGGAUGCGGCUGAAAGUGAAGCAAUUGAGACCAUACAGAUAGGAACAAAUACUGAUUCGGAAGUUCAGAAUGGUAGAAUUCCUUUGGAGGUUGAGGAAUUAAAUCAUACUGAUGGAGCAGCAGGUAGAAGGAACCAUCUUCAGGACAAUGGUCAAGAACUAAAUGAUUCUGCUUCUGAAAGGGAUACUAGUGAAGCCUUUGCUGUCCAUUCUAAUGAUCGUGGUACAAUUUCCAGUGAUAAUCAUGGUAUGCAUACUACAACCUUCUUCAGUGAGACUCCAGAACCUUGUAAUGUUGACUUCAACAACAAAGCCGGAGAACAUCAAGCACUUCUUAGAGGCUGCGAAGAUAACUAUAGCUUGCCUCGAGAAACUGAAAUAUUUUGGGAAGUUGAGGAAAAUGGGGCCGGAAAACAGUUUGAGCUGGAGCCAAAUAACAUGCCUGGAACAGAUAUCUUCGGUGCAUGUGCCUCUGCAGAGAAGUGUACUGAAAGCCAACUGAACAACACUUAUAAAAGGUUCUCUUCUGAUAGCAAGUCUACCAGUGACGUUUUAACUUAUAAAGAUCAUGAGAAAACACUGCCAAACAAUGAGGAUAUGCUCAAGACAGCUACUGAGAUUCAUAAUACUGCUCAAGAGUAUGCUGCUAACAUCAAUAUGCAAAAUUUUCUCGAGGGACAUGUUUGUACUGCUAACCAAGUUCAAGGAAUUGAUAACACAGAUGUAAAGCCAGAUCUGCGACAAAAUUCAGAGAACAGAGAAGAAUCUCAAUCAACCUACUCUGUUGAAAGUGAAGAUGAGGUAUCUGCUCAUGAGUCUCCAGCUUGUAGAAAUGAUGCAAAAGAGGAUUCCUUAAACAAGGAAGAAAUAACAGGUGAUCUUGAUAUGAAGUCUGAUGAAAGAGUACAUGCUGGAUUACGAAGUGAAUGGCUCAACUCCAAGGACCAAAGUCACCUUUCUCAAACAAAUUGUAAACCUAAAGAGAUGGACGAAUCUGUGGAAGCUGAAAGAAAUAUAAAAACAGGUCAAGAUAUGGAAGAGAAUGUCCAGAAUCUCGGUAGAACCUCCAUCUCAGAAAAGCCAGAUGCCAAACAAAAUGAGCAGAAGUGUGAGAUAGAUUCUUGGCAAAGGAUUGAAGCCAUUAGGAGGGGCAGAGAACAGGAAAAAGAUAGAAUUGCUAGAUUAAUAAGUGAAUGGGUGAACUCCGAGGACCAAAGUCACCUCUCUCAAACAAAUUGUAAAUCUAAAGAGAUUGACAAAUCCGUGGAAGCUGAAAGAAAUAUAAAAACAGGUCAAGAUAUGGAAGAGAAUGUUCAGAAUCUCGGGAGAACCUCCACCCCAGAAAAGCCAGAUGCCAAACUAAAUGAGCAGAAGUGUGAGAUAGAUUCUUGGCAAAGGAUUGAAGCCAUUAGGAGGGGCGGAGAACAGGAAAAAGAUAGAAUUGCUAGAUUAGUAAGUGAAUGGGUGAACUCCAAGGACCAAAGUCACCUCUCUCAAACAAAUUGUAAACCUAAAGAGAUGGACAUAUCUGUGGAAGCUGAAAGAGAUAUAAAAACAGGUCAAGAUAUGGAAGAGAAUGUCCAGAAUCUCGGGAGAACCUCCGCCUCAGAAAAGCAAGAUUCCAAACGAAAUGAGCAGAAAUAUGAGAGAGAUUCUUGGCAAAGGAUUGAAGCCAUUAGGAGGGGCAGAGAACAGGAAAAAGAUAGAAUUGCUGUUGAGAGAGAACGGGAAAAAGAUAGAAUUGCUGUUGAUAGAGCAAUCCGAGAAGUACGUGAGAGAGCUUUUGCUGAAGCUCGAGAAAGAGCAGAACGAGCUGCUGUGGAGAAAGCAGCAGCUGAAGCUCAACAAAGAGUUACGGGGCAGGUGCGGGAAAAGACUGUGAAGGCAUCAGUAGAUACUAAGCCAUCAGUUGAUAAGGCAUCCAUUGAAGCCAAGCUCAGAGUGGAACGUGCUGCCGUAGAAAGAGCCACAGCAGAGGCACGUGAACGUGCUCUAGAGAAAGCAAUGUCUCAAAAAACUUCCAUGGGGGCAAGAGGACAUGCUGCAAAAUAUUCUGCAGAAAGGCCUUCUAGUUCUUCCAGAAAUGAUGGAUUGAAACACAGUUUCUCAUACUCUGAUUUGGAGAAAUCUGAUGGAGCUACCAGUGAAUCAGCACAGAGACGUAAAGCAAGGUUAGAGAGACAUCAGAGAAUAAUGGAGCGAGCGGCAAAGGCCCUUGCUGAGAAGAAUACGCGCGAUCUUCUUGCCCAGAAAGAGCAGGCUGAGAGAAGUAGAUUAGCUGAAUCUCUUGAUGCUGAUAUAAAGAGAUGGGCCACAGGAAAAGAGGGGAAUUUGCGUGCACUACUCUCGACUCUACAAUAUAUACUUGGACCGGAAAGCGCCUGGCAGCCCGUCUCACUGACAGAGAUUGUAACUGCCGCUGCUGUAAAGAAAGCAUACAGGAAGGCAACUCUUUGUGUACAUCCUGACAAAUUACAGCAACGAGGAGCUAGCAUUCAACAAAAAUACAUAUGUGAAAAGAUUUUUGAUCUUCUGAAGGCAGCAUGGAACAGGUUCAAUUCAGAGGAAAAUUGACCAGAAAAGGAGCAACAAUUCUUUCAAAAGGUGCACCUUUAUAUUUGAUUGAUUUCAUUGAUUUUUUCUUUUCUUUUUUCCCUAUGAACUUCACCAGCUAGAUUAAAGUAGGAUGGGGCACCUAGAAAUAUGUUUGGUAACAAUUACUUCAUCUUUUGAUAGCUAGAUGUAAAUGCAUGACCUUGGCCUUGCGGUUGUGCACAAAUGUAUAUUUGAAAAUGAUAUAUUCAGGUUUUAUGUACAAAGAAGAACUAACGGCUUAUAAUGUA